CAUCUUCUUCUCUCUUAGCUCUGAACAAAAGGAAGAAAAUAUUCCGGGAAAAUGCCCGAGCUUCAAGAUGAGAUUCGUACAUAUUCUUCAUCCAAACUACUACGGGAAACCGGAACUGUUCCUCCUCCGCCGCCGCCGUCGCACAGAGAUUCGAUGAUGGAUCUCGAUCUAGACGGUUCCUGGUCGUUCGAUCAGAUCUUCACCGCUAAUCAGAUGUCUCCGUUCUUCUUUUCGUCUUCCGAACAACCUUACUCACCACUUUGGGCGUUUUCUGAUGUUAACGAUGAUAAUAAACUAGUUGAAAACGAUGCGUCAACGCUAGCCGCAGAUAAUCCAGAUUCUCAAAUGGAUAGCCAAGCAGGAACUUGUGAAAAGAGAAAACAGCCUAUGCCAUUUCUGGCAAUGACACCAACAGAUUAUCCAGAUAGUUCUUGUCUUCUAAAGGAAAGGAUGACACAAGCUUUGAGACACUUCAAAGAUUCAACAGAACAGCACGUAUUGGCGCAGGUCUGGGCACCUGUUAAGAACGGGGGUCGCUACGUUUUAACAACUUCAGAGCAACCUUUCUUCCUCGAUCCACAUAGUCACGGGUUGUAUCAAUAUAGGACUGUUUCUUUGAUGUAUUCAUUUUCUGUAGAUGGUGAAAGUGAUGGAGUUCUUGGACUUCCUGGCCGCGUUUACAGGCAAAAGAUGCCUGAAUGGACACCUAAUGUACAGUAUUAUUCGAGCAAAGAGUAUACAAGGCUUAAUCAUGCUCUGUAUUACAAUGUCCGUGGAACUUUAGCAUUGCCUGUUUUUGAACCUUCUGGUCAAAGGUGUAUUGGAGUACUUGAACUCAUAAUGACUUCACAAAAGACCAAUUAUGCUCCCGAGGUUGACAAAGUCUGCAAAGCGCUCGAGGCGGUGAAUCUGAAGAGUUCUGAGAUCUUAGAACAUCCAGAAACACAGAUUUGUAAUGAAGGUCGCCAAAAUGCAUUGGCUGAAAUCUUGGAGAUAUUAGCUGUGGUUUGUGAGCAACACAAAUUACCACUCGCCCAGACUUGGGUUCCAUGUAUGCAUCGCAGUGUUCUUACUGACGGAGGCGGUUUCAAGAAAAGCUGUCGUAGCUUUGAUGGAAGCUGCAUAGAUCGAGUCUGCAUGUCCACAACAGAUGCAGCUUUUUACGUUGUAGAUGCUAUUAUGUGGGGUUUUAGAGAGGCCUGUGCUGAGCAUCAUUUGCAAAAAGGUCAAGGUGUAGUUGGCCGAGCAUUUGCAUCACAAAACGCAUGUUUCUGUGAAGAUAUUACCAAAUUUCGUAAGAACGAGUACCCAUUAGUUCAUUAUGCACGUAUGUUCAAGUUAACAAGUUUGUUUGCGAUCUGCUUAAGGAGCACUCAUACUGGAAACGACGAAUAUAUUCUCGAGUUCUUUCUUCCGCUUGAUAUGCGAGACAGCAGAGAACAACAGACAGUGUUGGACUCGAUACUUGUAACUAUGAAAAGACAUUUUCAGAGUCUUAAAGUUGCAUCUGGUAAAGAACUUGAAGAAGCAGGGAGAUGCAUUGAAAUCAUUAAAGCCCCUUUAGAUGAAAGAAAUGAAUCUGAACUCGAAUCUUUUCAAUUAUCUCCUCCUUGUCCCGGUCCUGGUCCUAGUCCUAGUCCUAUACUUGUCGAGGCCUUUAAAAAGGAAGAACAAUUGGGAAAUGGCGGAAUCCAAGCUGACAUUGCCUUCCCGGAGAUUAAACCUAUAACUAAGAAAUCAGAGAGGAAACGCGGGAAAGCUGAGAAAUCUAUUAGUUUGGAUGUUCUUCAACAAUAUUUUGCUGGAAGUCUUAAAGACGCUGCAAAGAGUCUUGGUGUUUGCCCAACAACAAUGAAAAGGAUAUGCAGACAACACGGGAUCUCAAGAUGGCCAUCUCGAAAGAUCAACAAAGUUAACCGUUCCCUAUCGAAGCUUAAACGAGUAAUCGAAUCGGUUCAAGGGGCGGACGCAACUUUCACACUAAAUUCACUAGCAACAACAAAUCCAGUUCCAAUCUCUGUCGGCUCACUUUCAUGGACUGCAAGUGCCUUGGACGAAUCCAAUCAACACCUUAAAUCCGGUACCUUAAAAGAACCGAUUCCCCUCACACAACAAACACCAAUAAUCAAUAACCGCCUAGUCGUGGUCGAUCCACAUUCAUUUCGUUUUGAAGCUCAAGAAGACUCGAGCCGAUCAAAAUCAGCUAGCGGUUCUAGAGACGAUCUAAGCGCAGGAACACCUACAUCUCACGGAUCGUGUCAAGGAACUCCUCAAAGCGAUCCAGCAAUUUCGCCAACAAAUGAAAAAUUAAUAGAACCAACAUUCCCUCAUCAUCACCAUAAUCAUCAGCAGAAGCCGACGAGUACUGGAAAGAUUGAUCUCUCAUCAGCAUUCACAAUCCCAAACAUUGCUCGAGAAUCGGAAGAACCGUUCGGAGCAAUGCUGAUCGAGGAUGCAGGAAGCUCGCAUGAUUUGCGAAAUCUAUGUACAGGAGCUGAUGAUCUAACGUUCAUAGAACCGGUUAUAGCUAGGAUGUUUCAGACGGAUGGACAAGGAACGACGGUUACGAUAAAGGCGAGUUACAAAGAAGAUAUAAUAAGAUUCCGGUUUCAAUCAGGCUUUGGAAUUGUGAAAUUGAGAGAAGAAGUUGGUAAGAGGCUUAAGCUUGAUGUGGGUACUUUCGAUAUAAAGUAUUUUGACGACGAUCAAGAAUGGGUAUUGAUCGCUUGCGAUGCUGAUUUAUACGAGUGUUUGGACUUAUCGAAAGAUUCGGGGAGCAAUAUAAUAAGGUUGUUGAUUCAGGAAGUGAAUGCGAAUUUCGGAAGUUCUUGUGAAAGCUCGGGCGAUAAAGAUGAAUUUCGGGUUUUGUGAAUUUGUAAUAGAAGAUGUAACAUGUAGUGUAAUAGAAUAUAGCACGAUUCUUGCUAGUUUUAGAUCUUAAGGAGGUGAGUGCAAGUUGUAGAUUUAUCAUGUCUUUGUGAUUUUUAAUGUAAUAUGUUUGAAUCGAUUUU